UCGGAUUUACAGACUUUUGCAAACCUUACGUGAAGAUAUUUAAAAGUUUUAUUUGGCAUCUCUGUAUGUUUGUCAACUUUUCACAUGUGGUUUGGUGAGACAAAUGCAGUUGCAUCGAGUUCCAAAAAUUGUAUAGUUGCUGAAAUGUUAUUAAAUUCAAAUAUAAAAUAUAAUUGAUAAACAUUUGGAAUAUUUGUACUCCUGACAGGCAUCAAUGAUGGACACGAUCAAAGUUGGCGAAUAUCUUGUUAUCAAGCGGCAAAAAUACACCAAAUUGCAGAAAUUUACCGGUUUGGAUACCGUGGUGCAUCUAGGGAAGGACCAGAUAGAAUUGCGUUGUGCUGCAGGGCAACAUUAUCACACAACAUUUCAAUUAAUCGCAAAGGAAGGUAGAAAUAAACGACUCUUCAUAUUGGAUCCUGUGCCAACUGCUUCGGAGAUACGAAAUUUGAAAGAACUGCUAAUAAAGGAAAGUGGCGUGGAUAAUAGAAAUAUUGUAGAUAAUCGAACCACACAAAAUUUAUCAACGGAGGAAAUUCUAAAAUUACGAGAGGAAUGUGAGUCUUCCUCGGAGGUAAUCGGAAAAUUGGUAGAGAAUUCGAAAAGUUUUGCGACGAAAACUGAAUAUUCGCAAGAAAAGUAUUUAAAACGGAAGGAGAAGAAAUAUUUUGAAUAUGUUCAAAUUAAACGACCGUCGAUUAGACUUAUUGCCGACAUUUAUUGGCGAUUGGAUGCUGAUAAAAUUAUGGCAGUUCGGUUUGAUACACUCUCUCAGAUUAUUUCCUACAGUGGAGCGUGUGGAUUAGGUAGAUUUUUGCUUUAUGAGUCUGGCACAAAUGGUUUACUUCCUGCAGCAUUUCUAAAUGCUCUUGGAUCCAAUACAGAGGCAAAACUUGUUCACAUGCACCCAGGAAACGUAGCUCAAAAGCAGGCCAUUCAAGCGAUGAACUUUACAUCUGAGCAUUUGGCCAGAUGUAUUUCUGUCAAUAUUUAUUCGGUGUUGAGACAUUAUUAUCAGGAAGGAGAAAAGGAAACAGGCGAAAAAGACGACACACGUGUUAUCAAAGUAGAAAACAACGAAAAUGAAACAGAAUUCGGUGCCGGCGAUAAACGGAAAAUUGAUUCUGCCGAAGACAUUGGUCCAGAUGCGAAGCAUCCCAAAAUCGCCAACAAUAAGAAACAGCUAUGGGAAUUGGAAAACGAGAAUGCUUGCGAAAUAAUGAGGGAAAAGUUUGAUUCGUUGGUUGUUAUCGCCAAAGAACAUCCCUACAACAUCAUUAAAUCAUUACUUCCGUUCGUGAAGUCCGGCAGACCGGUUGUGGUGUUCAGUACAACGAAAGAAAUAUUGCUAGAGUGCUUCAUGGAAUUGAAGGUCAGUGCGAAUGUCACCUUCUUACGAGUUACAUCCAACUGGAUGCGAGAGUAUCAGAUUCUGCCCAAUCGCACACAUCCGAACGUUGUUAUGUCCGGUAAUAGUGGGUAUCUGCUUACUGGGUACACCAUUCGAUAGCCGGAUUAUGGCAUUCAUCGAAGAUAGUUUUAAGCCAUAUUGUUUGAACAAUAUUUCAAAAUUAUACUUUCUAUAGAUAAAAGUACAUGUAUAAUACUGCAUAGAUUUUUUUCUUUUUUUGUCAAUAUGGUGGCUCUGAAAACAGCUGCUCAAACUCGUUCAAUUUGUUAGUAAAUAUCAAUUCUUGGUAACCAAUCAUUGGAAAGCAAACAUCAAAACAGUUUCAUGUUCUGUAUCGAAUUGGCUAUGGUCAGAAUUAGAAUGAAACAUUUCCACCUAGAAAACACAGUGUUUGCACUUUUAAUUGUUAAUACCUUUUUCAACUAACAAUGAGUGGUUGUAGUUCCGACCAUAGAGAGGCAUCUAACGAGUUAAAUGCCGUUUGGUUCAACGUGAUACGUGCAAUAGUUUUGGAAUUCGAGUUACGCCCGGUUAGAAAAACGUGAUUUCGAGAAAAAGCCGAACAAAGUUUUUCUUCGCGACUAAUCGUGCCUGGGCGCGCACCGUAUCCCAUUUUUUCUACAAACUUCUCGGUCGCGUGUACCCUCGGGAUUAACUCUAUAUUAUUUCUAAUAGCAUUUUCUAGCAAUUUACGGAAAAAUCGAUUUUUUCAUAAUUGUU